CGUGCUCACGCCUUGAGUUUCCGCUUUCCUUCCUCUACAUGGUCCGUCCUUUCUUCUCUCUCUUUCUCUGCAUCUUUCUGGAUUUUCAUCCUACCCAUAACUUCUACUGAAAUUCACUGCGACAUAUCUCCACGAUCAGUCUUUUCUGGUUCGUCUCAUCUGUUGCUGUCUCUUUAAUUUGAAUUCAUUUUCUUCCUUUUUUUGCUGUGAUCGAUCUUUCGUCUCAUUCUGGUCCAUACCAUCUUUCUUAGUUUUUAUUCAUAUUUCAACUCUUUCAUUCAUAAGAUUUAGAUCUUCAGUGUUUCUGGGUUAGUUUUCUGCUGGCUCUUGAAUAUGGAUCCUCAAUUGGAUGGAAGCCAUGGUUUAAUAAACGGUUAUAGACUUGAUGAUGCCGCCGUCAGCUCCGAUUCCAACUAUUUGCCAUAUCCAGCGAAAGAGUGGGAAAUCGAUGAAAACUAUUGGAAAUUUCUUAACUUCAAAACGGAUCCUUUGUAUCAACCUUAUGCGACUCCCGUUAGUUUUGCUCUGCAUACUGGCGUGAAAUAUGAAGGAUCAGAGUGGUUAGUUCCCUCCUCGACCAUGGAACCUAUAGGAGGCAUGUCAGAUGUGGCAGCUGCGUCCACGAUUUCGCCACCAGAUCCUUCGCUGGAAGACGCUGACUUUUCAGAAACUAUGAGGUACAUAAGCCAAAUUCUUAUGGAAGAGAACUUUGAACAGAAGCCAAGCAUGUUUUAUGAUCCUUUGAGCCUACAAGUCACGGAGAAAUCAUUCUAUGAUGCUCUCCAAAAGGAUCAUCCUCAUUCCCCUAAUCAGCAUCCCCUGGACAUUCAUCAGAAUCUUGAUAGCACAGAUGAUAACUACUGUUGUGGUAGUAGUAUUGAUUGUGUCAAUGACAGUAGCAGCACCAGCAAGUUUCAGGGCGCUAAUAAGCCCUCUUCCCCCGAUGCUCCAUCUUCAGGUUAUUAUGCGUCCCAGUUAAAUUUCCAACCCAUCUCUGAGAAAUCCUCUCAACCUCCGAGUGCUUAUACUUGUAUCAGCGACGGAUCGUCAGAUGUGAAUUCCUCUUUUACUAAGAUAUUGGCUCAAAAUAUCUUUACUGAUGCAGAAUCUGUCUCGCAAUUUAAAAGGGGGUUGGAAGAAGCUAGCAAAUUUCUUCCUAGAGGAUUUCAACUUGUCACUGGUCUGGAGAGCAACAAUGCUCUUCCAGAGUCAAAGGGAGAGGCUAAAAAGACAGGAGGAAAUAUCAUGGAGAACUCACAUGGAUUAAAGGGUAGGAAGAAUCAUGAACGUGAAGCUAGUGAUGCAGAAGAUGGGAGAAGUAACAAGCAGUCGGCAGUAUAUGUGGACGAGAGUGAUAUAUCAGAAAUGUUUGAUAAGGUGUUGCUUAGCGUUGAGAAUGUUCCAUUAUGCGAGGAACACCACAAAUGGUUGCAGAAUGGGACAGACUUCGCCAAAGAGCCAAGUGAACAGCCAAAGUCAUUUACUGGGGGGAAGACCCGCGGCAGGAGACGAGGCAAGAAGAAGGAGACCGUGGAUUUGAGGACUCUUAUGGCUCUAUGUGCGCAAGCUGUGUCUGCAAAUGACCGUAGAACUGCCAAUGAACUACUAAAGCAGAUCAGGCAGCAUUGUUCUCCACUUGGCGAUGCAUCACAGAGGUUGGCUCAUUACUUUGCCAAUGGCCUUGAGGCACGCUUGUCUGGCUGUGGUACUGGAACCCAAAUAUUCUACAACUCCCUAAGCUCCAAGAGGAUUUCUGCUGCUAAUAUUUUGAGAGCUUACUCAGUUCUAAUAUCUGUCUGCCCCUUCAGGAAGUUUGCAUAUUUUUUUGCAAAUAAGAUGAUUAUGAAAGCAGCUGAAAAGGCAGAAACUCUUCAUAUUGUCGAUUUUGGCAUUCAAUAUGGUUUCCAGUGGCCAAUACUUAUCAAGUUUCUCUCUCAAAGAGCUGGCGGACCUCCGAAGCUACGCAUCACAGGGAUAGAAUUGCCCCGAGCAGGGUUUCGUCCAGCAGAAUUAAUUGAGGAGACCGGUCGACGUCUAUCUAAUUAUUGCGAACGUUUUAAUGUCCCGUUUGAAUAUACAGCCAUAGCAUCACAAAACUGGGAAACCAUCCCAUUGAAGGACUUCAAGAUUGAGAGAAACGAGCUGCUUGCUGUGAACUGUCUGAUGAGAUUUAAAAAUUUACUGGAUGAGACGAUGGAGGUAAAAAGUCCUAGAGAUGCAGUUUUGAAUUUGAUCAGAAAGAUGAAUCCUGAUAUUUUUGUUCAAUCCAUUGUCAAUGGAUCCUACAACGCUCCUUUCUUUGCCACACGGUUCAAAGAGGCACUGUUCCAUUUUUCUGCCAUGUAUGACAUGUUUGACACUGUCAUACCACGUGAAAAUGAAUGGAGGUUGAUGCUUGAGAGAGAGUUUUUGGGUCGGGAGGUCAUGAAUGUGGUUGCGUGUGAAGGGAUCGAGAGGGUUGAGAGGCCCGAGGCAUACAAACACUGGCAAGUCAGGAGUACAAGGGCUGGUUUCAGGCAGCUCCCAAUGCCAAAAGAGAUAAUGGUCAAAUUCAGCGAAAAGUUGAAGGCAUGGUAUCACAGGGAUUUUGUAAUUGAUGAAGACAACAACUGGAUGCUUCAGGGCUGGAAGGGCCGCAUCAUGUAUGCUUCCACAUGUUGGGUCCCAUCAUAAUGAGGUGUUGAUGAAUUCUAGACUUUCAUUCUGGAUUUUUAGCAUGGAUGAUGUAAAGGAGAGACUUGUGUUGCACUUCUCACGAUUUCAGGUCAUGAUAACUCGACUGUUCCCGAUUUACUUAUCCUACAGUAGCAGUGAGCUCACUCUUGCCAACUUCUGAUCAACUUCGGUUCAUUUGCUAAAUAUCCUGCUGAAGUUUUGCCAUUAUUGCACGUUUUGCCAAUUAUUGCACAAUUUAUAAAAGCCGCCUUGUGGUGGAAGCUUUUCUGGUGAGACGGAAACUUUGGAGGGUGAAGCAAACCGGAGGGCAUGUGAAAUCGUCUUUGAGGUCUCCGCUCUUUCUGACUGACACGUGCGAUAUGAUCAUCAAUCAAAAGGAAGUGGGGAAGUGUAGUGGACAUGGCGAGGCGGAAAGAAAGGGGUAGCGUAUGGGGAGGAGGAUUACUUGGAAAAUUAGAAAGUUAAGCGGAUAGGUUAAUUGUGCUCUGGUGGAGAAGCUAAAGUCUAUUGUGGAGACUGGAGAGGGUAAAACAAAAGCAUAAUUAUUAGGGUGGGUGGGGCCCGUGGGGGUCGUGGUUAUCACUUGCAUGAUCCACUUUUUAACCUUUUGUAAUUUAGUAUGAUUACCGGCAUUUAUGCCUCUCCUUGUUCAAUUUUGUCGCUUUCCUCCAAUUUAUUAGGGUUUCGUUCAUCAUCCAUUGUAGUGUUUGAUGACACAUUUGAACUGUUCUCGUCCAUGGCAGUCACUGCUUCAAAAAAAAAAAAAAAGUACAUGUAUGUAUAAAGGUUAUUUUUGUAAUGA